AUGGCCAGCUGCAGCAACAGCAGCAGCAGCAGCAGCAACAGCAGCAGCAGCAGCAGCAGGAGCUGCAGGUGGAAACUACAAUUUCUUCUAGCAGCAGCCGCAGCAGCAACGGGUCGAAUGAUUGCGAACUGCAAGGAGAUAAUCUGCUGCAGCAGAGCAGCAGCAGCAGCAGCAGCAGAAGCAACAACAAUCAUAGCAACAGCAACCACAGCAGCAGCAGCAGCAGCAGCAGCCAGCAGCAGCAGCAGCAGCAGCAGCAGGAACAGCAGCAGCCUCGUCUACGCCUUUGCUUCGCCAGAUGUCACUGGGGUGUACAGACACCGCAACGGCUGGAAUGACGUCGAGCAGCUUCUUGCUUACUCUCCUGCAACACAAGCAGCAGCAGCAGCAGCAGCAGCAGCAGCAGCAGGAACAGCAGCAGGAACUGCUGCAGCUCCUGCUGCUUGGGGGGCGGAUUCACCUCUUGGGAAAGACCCGACGCUCUCUUGCCGUGCGGCUGUUGCUGCUGCUCCUGCUGGACCUGCUGCGGCGAGCAGCAGCAGCAGCAGCAGCAAGGUAGCAGUUUUGUUCCAGCAGCAGCAGCAGCUGCUGCGUAGUAUUGCUGCAGCUGUCGCUCAAAGGCAGAGCAACCGGAAAAGGGAAGAAUCUGCUGCUGAUGCAGCAGCAGCAGCACACACGCCGCUGCUGCAACUGCAGCAGCAGCAGCAGCAGCAGCAGCACCAGCUCGACAUAGCCUCGGUGUCGUCUUCCAGCAGCAGCAGCAGCAGUAGCAGCAGCAGCAGCAGCAGCAGCAGCAGAAGCAAAGGAAGCAACAGUUCGAGCGGCAACGAUGGCCCUCGAUCUGCGAGCCCAGUAUCGAGUAGCAGCAGCAGCAACUGCAGCAAAGGCAGCAGCAACAGCAGCAACAGCAGCAGCAGCAACAGCAGCAGCAGCAGCAGCAAGAUGGGGUGCGGCGGGGAUGGAGACGAAGGAGACAGACGCGGAGACAAAAGGCUGCUGGGUGCUGCAGUGCUGUCGCCUGAGGGUUCAGAGGCAGAAGACAGCGAAGCAGAGGAGGAGGAGGUGAGGCCUGCUGCUGCUGCUGCUUCUGCUGCUGCUGCUGCUGCUGCUCCUUUUUCCUUUGAAGACCCAAAUGUACCCUGGGAUGACUGGAACCCCUUCUUGCUGCGAUACAAGCAGCAGCUGCUGCUGCUGCAGCGGCUGCAGCGAGAGGAAGAAGAGGAGGAUGAAGCAGCAGAAGCAGCUGAGCAAGCAGCAAUUGCUGCUGCUGCAGCAGAAGGACGCACCAGCAACAGCAGCAGCAGCAACAGCAGCACAGCUGACGAAACAGAAGCAGACCGGGAGGCCUCCACCCCACGCCGGCAGCAGGAGCAGCAGCAGCAGCAGCAAGACGAAGCAGCAGCAGCAGCUAAAGCAGCAGCAGCCCUUGCAGAACCAAAAACCCCAAGAGAAAAGCAGCAGCAGCAGCAGCAGCAGCAGCAGCAGCAGCAGACAGCAGGUGGAGAGAAAGAAGACACAGACGACGAUGCUGCUACCCCCACAACAGCGCUCCUUGCGAGGCCAUCAAAGGUUGCAGCAGCAGCAUCAAUAGCAGCAGCAGCUGCUGCAGCAAGCCCUAGGAAGACAGCUAAGGCUGCAGCAGCAGCAGCAGCAGCCAAAGCAGCAGCAGCAGCAGCAGCAGCAACAGCAUCAGCCGCGCCUUCUCAGGAUAGACCUUCCCGCCUUAUCCAGGAGGGGAUACAGCAGCAGCAGCAGCAGCAGCGACAGCAGCAGCUGCAACGACAGCAGCAACAACGGCAGCAGCAGCAGCAGCCGCUGCUGCAGCAGCCGCUAGAGCGGCUGCAGCAGCAACGUAUACCAGCAGCACAGAGCUGUGCUGAUCUGCUGCCUGCUCCCAAGCUCUCUCCUUUUCUCUGUGUCCCCUUCUCUGUGAAUGGGCAGGAGCGGCGGCUGUAUGCAAUCAACGAGCCUUGUAGGGCCUCCAAGCGGCAGCGUACUGCAGCAGCAGCAGCAGCAACAGCAGCAGCAGUAGCAGCAGCAGCAGGACCAAGUACAGAGGCCGCCUGGCUCCCCACCAACGAGGCCCCGUACCUAGUCUGCGUUUCAGUUGUAAACAGCAGCAGCAGCAGCAGCAACAGCAGCAGCAGCAGCAGCAGCAGCAACAGCACGUCCUCUGGAGCAGCAGACUGGGGGUGGGUGUGUUUGCUUCGUCUUUGGUGA